UGACCCUCUUGAACCUUUCUCUAUCUAUCUGGUCUUCCCCUACAACUUGCCCACCCUCUUGAAUCUAUCUCAUCUCCCCCUACAACUUGCCCAUAUAGCAUUAUAUAAAUAAUAAUCCAAUAACUACAAAAGUAACUAAAACCUGUUCUGUAGCUCUGGUCCCUCCAACUUCACUUAACUUCUCCCUCUCUUUCUUUCUCUCAAUACACACCAAACCAUUCAUUCAUUGUUAUUAUUCAUACAACAAAUCAUAAAAUGUUACCCAACAAUCCUUCCACUAUUGUUCCCGACGCGGUGGCCCGGCACCACACCCACGUGGUGUCCCCGCAGCAGUGUUGCUCCGCCGUGGUCCAGGAGAUCGCCGCCCCUGUCUCCACCGUCUGGUCCGUCGUGCGGCGCUUCGACAACCCGCAGGCCUACAAGCACUUCGUCAAGAGCUGCCACGUCAUCCUCGGCGACGGCGACGUCGGGACCCUCCGCGAGGUCCACGUCAUCUCCGGCCUCCCCGCCGCCGUCAGCACCGAGCGCCUCGACGUCCUCGACGACGAGCGCCACGUUAUCGGCUUCAGCAUGGUCGGCGGCGACCACCGCCUCUUCAACUACCGCUCUGUCACCACUCUCCACCCCCGCUCCGCCGCCGGCACCGUCGUCGUCGAGUCCUACGUCGUCGACGUCCCCCCCGGCAACACCACCGAGGACACGCGCGUCUUCGUCGACACCAUCCUCCGCUGCAACCUCCAAUCUCUCGCCAAAUUCGCCGAAAACCUAACCAAACUUCAUCAACGAUGACUUCAAAAAAACACUAGCAUUUGAAUUGACCUUCCCAGAAGUUAAGGCGAAUGUGACGAGGGCUAGUUGUGGGGCGAUGCAACUUGCGGUAUGGGUUCUGUUCGUGCUUUCACUUUCUGACUUGUUUUGGUAAAAUUGUGCACGGAUCCCAUUUGUCACAGAUGAUUUUUUUUUCUUCCAUUAAUGUGAAUUUAUAAAAGGGAAAGAUGUGAACAUAAAUGCUUGCUAUAGGAUAAAAUUUGAAAAUUUAUAUUAUUUUUUUUAUCUUUGGUAAGA